AUGGGGAAGUUAAAAGGAAGAUGUAAGAUACGGUCUGUAGGUUCAGGCAACAAAAAAGUUUCAGUUUGCCUUAAUAGCAGCUACGUUUCACACCUCAACCCAGAAACCAGUUCAACAGAAUUCCAGCUCCUUCUCUUUUUGGUGAUUCUGGCAAUCUAUCUGAUCAGCCUUUUGGGAAAUUUUGGAUUGACUGUGCUAAUCACAAUCGAUUCUCGACUUCACACUCCAGUGUACUUUUUUCUUGGCAACUUGUCUGCCUUGGAUCUUUCAUAUUCUUCAGCCACUGCUCCCAAGAUGCUUGCAGACGUCUUUCUGGAGGUAAGAACUAUUUCCUUGAUAGAAUGUGCCAUCCAGAUGCAUCUCUUACUGGCCUGUAUAACCACAGAGGGUUACCUCCUGGUGGGCAUGACAUAUGAUUACUUCAUGACAAUCUGCAACCCUCUACUCUAUGUGGUUGCUAUGUCCCCCAGAGUUUGCACUCAGCUCAUACUUGGUUCAUAUCUCAUUGGUUUGCUCCAGAGACUCAUUAAGCCUGGGGUUUUUCAGUGGAACUCUCACACCUCUGGAAAUUGCAGUAUCAUCCACUCUGCAGCAGGGAGAUGCAAGGCCUUCUGCACCUGUGUCUCCCACAUAAUGGUGUUUGGCCUAUUAUAUGGUACCGCCAUCUUCAUAUACAUUCGGCCCAGUUCACAUUACGUGCCAGAGAAUGACAAAGUGGUUUCUGUGUUUUAUACUCUUGUGAUAACAAUGCUGAAUCCUCUGAUCUACAGCUCGAGAAACAAAGAUGAGAAGAAUGCCCCGUGGAAAAUAACACAUGGAAAAGCAUAG